CAAACUCCCAAGUUUUUUUCGCAUUGUAGCAAAAUAAUUUUAAAAUGUCACCAAAAUAUUUAUGUCUGACUUAUAUUGACAUAAUUAUUUUUAUUGGAUUAUUGAUUAAUCCCAUUAUUGGAAAUAAGGAGGCUGAUGACAAACCAUGUGCUCAUUUUCUUUUGUCAUGUGAUCCUGAAUAUCCGAAGCCAUGUUGUACUUAUGGUAUUAUGUGCAAACCAAAAGCGCCAGGAGGUUAUUUUAUAUGCGUUCCAGAAGUUCUAUUGGGUCAAGCUUGUUUUGAUAACAGUGAUUGCGAUGAUGUAGCGCAUGCAAUAUGUUCAAAAUCUAAACAAUGCGUUUGUAGAGAAAAUCAUCUACAGACACGAAAAAAUAAAUGCACACCAUUGCUGGGCGAAUUUUGUCAAAUCGAUGAAAUUUGUAUGCCUUCUAAUUCUCAAUGUAUUAAUAAUGAAUGUCAAUGUAAUGAAAAUUAUAUGCAGUUAUCCAAUAAUCGAUGUUUGCCAAAGGUAAUUGGGACUCACUGUGAAAGUGAUCACGAAUGUGAAGCAGCAAGAUUUUCAAUAUGUGCGAAAAACAAUACUUGUGUUUGUAAUUCAAAUUAUGCUGCCAUUGAUUCAACAGCAUGCGCCCCACUAUUGAAUGGUUUUUGUUGGGCCGAUAAUGAAUGUGUCGUUCGUGACUCAACUUGUGUUCACAACAGAUGUAAAUGCAUACCUAGUUUGAGUCCUGAAUCCAAUAAUAAAUGUUCUAAUCUUUACAUAGGGAUGCAGUGUGACAAUGAUUCCCACUGUAAUCACGUGAUAAAACAUUCGAGAUGCGAUAAAGCUAAACUGUGUACGUGCGAUAAUAAUUACUAUGCAAUAAACGGCACAUUUUGUGGACCUCUUCUUAAUAUCUCGUGUAGUGACAAUGAACCAUGUGCUAUCGACAAUUCAAUUUGUAUUGACAAUAAAUGUCAAUGUAGGCCUAAUUAUGAAUAUCAAUUGUUUCAAUGUAUUCCACAGGUAUUACGUGGAUUUUGUAAAACUCAUCAAAACUGUGGUUUGAUCAGUAACUCUCAUUGUUUUGAGAAAACGUGCGAAUGUAAAAAUGGAUACUUCCAAUUCGACGAUAAAACAUGUGCACCAAUAUUAAAUACAUUUUGCUGGAAUGACAAUUAUUGUAAGAUCCAGAAUUCUGUGUGUAUUGAUAAUAAAUGUGAAUGUAAACCUAAUUUUUCAAAAUUUUCCAAUAAGCUUUGUCUUCCAACACAAUUAGAACAACCAUGUAAAAUUCAUUUUGACUGUCAACUGAUAAAAAGUGCAAUAUGUAGUGGUCAAAAUAAAUGUAUUUGUACAGAAGAUUAUGGCCAAUAUAAUUCAACAAUAUGUGGACCAUUAUUGGGAAGUCUAUGCUUCGGAAACGAAUAUUGUGCUACUGAUAAUUCGAUUUGUACUCAUUAUAGAUGUAAAUGUAAAGAAGGAUAUUUGCAACAAUCUCAUGAUAGAUGUAUUUCGAAAUAUAUAGGAAAGUUCUGUGAACUAGAUGAAGAUUGUGAUGAAGUACGACACUCAAAAUGUUUUAAACAAAACAAUACUUGUGUUUGUAGAGCAAAUAAUAUUCAAAUAAAUGAAACAAUAUGUGCACCAUUAUUAGGCCAAUAUUGUUGGGAAGACGAGCAAUGUGCACCAGAUAACUCUGUUUGUGAUAACCGCGAAUGCGCAUGCGAAUUUGGUUAUUUGCGAGUGUCUAAUGAUCAAUGCCUACCAUUAAAUUUGGGCCCAUUAUGUAGAAAAGAUGAAGAUUGUAGAAAUAUAAAAUUUUCAAAAUGUUCUGAAAAUAAUGAAUGUGUCUGUAAACAAAACUAUAUUGAAUUUGAUAGCUACACAUGUUUAUCACUCUUGGGUGGUUACUGUGAUGAAGACGAUGAUUGUAAGACUUUUUAUUCACGUUGUAGUAACAAUAUAUGCCAAUGUGAUCGUGGAUACUUACCAAGAUCUAAUAAUGAUUGUUUACCAACUCGGCUAGGAAUAGAUUGUAAAAUUGAUGAAGAUUGUGAUAAACCUAAGUACUCACUAUGCUCAGAUGAUGAAAAAUGUAUAUGUAAAACGAAUUAUAUUGUAUUAGACGGUCUUAAAUGCGUACCAUUGUUGAAUGAAGAGUGUUCUGAAGAUGUUGAAUGCAUAACUGAAAAUUCUGAUUGCAUUGACAAUAAAUGUCAAUGUAAACCACAAUUCGAACCAGAAUCUAACAAUCAAUGUUUAUCAAAGUACCUGAGAAAUCAAUGUAAUACUGAUAAAGAUUGUGAAAAAAUAAACAAUUCACGAUGCUCAUUGAAUAAAAGUUGUGUUUGUAAACAAGGUUAUAUUGGAAUCAAUGGCACAACGUGUGCACCAGCUUUAGGUGAACAUUGUAUGGUAUCAGAAGAGUGUGCAGUAGAUGACUCUACUUGUGUUAAUAAUAAAUGUCAAUGCCAAUCCAAUUUUAACCCCUUUGAUAAAUCUUUGUGCAUAAGAAUUGAUCCUACAAAGUUUUGUUUUAACGAUCAAGAUUGUCAAGAAAUACAGUUUUCACGAUGUGAAGGUUAUCGGUGUCUUUGUAAAAAGAAUUAUUUUCCAUUGAAGUCAAGACUGUGUGUACCAAUGUUAGGUGGAUUUUGUAGAAAAAAUAGCGAUUGUAUAGUUGAUAAAUCUAUUUGUGAAUAUUCUUCAUGCAAAUGUAAACGUCAUUAUACUGCUGAAGGCAGACAUAUGUGUAAACCAAUUACAUUAGGAAAACGAUGUGAAGAAGAUAAAGAUUGUGAAACGAUUCCCAAUGCAAUAUGUUCUGAGAAUAAAAUAUGCGUUUGUGAUGCAAAUAAUUAUGCAUGGAAUAUAUCAAGAUGUACACCAAUGCUGGGAGGAUCUUGUUCGGCUGAAAAUCAAUGCGUUUCGGAUACUUUUGUCUGUGUUGACAAUAUUUGUGAAUGUAGGAUAGGUUAUGUAACGUUGUCAAACAAACACUGCACUGAAGCAUCUACUAUACCGUCAUGUAUUGUAGAUAGUGAUUGUAGUGAUUCAUGGCAUUUAAAAUGUUCCGAAAGUAAAAAAUGUGUUUGCAAGUCAAAUAACAUUGCAUUGGAUAGAUCAACGUGUUUACCUCUUUUAGGUGGUUAUUGUUGGGCAAAUCAUCAAUGUACUGCUGGAAAUUCUUUUUGCCAUCAUCAUCAAUGUCUGUGUAAGCCUUUUCAUGUAGCCGUCUCUAUUAAUUUUUGUGCACCGAUGUAAUCUUCACCCAUUGAAGUUCUAAGCAAUUACUAUAUUCUUGCAAAAUUAUCUUUUGAAAAAUAUUUGCUCAAAAAAUUAUAUUCAAAUAUAAAAGAAAAAAAAGCGCUGACUGAGAUGACUCUGUUACCAAAAUCUAUACAGAAACUAACAAAUCUCGGUUUAGGACCUCUACAGGAAUAAAUUGGAAUACUUCUUGAGUGAUAUAUAUAUAUAUAUUACUCAAGUAUUCAGAAGGCCUAGGAUAUGCAAGAGACACGAUCUGAAUAAAAGUAAUCUUGAAUCAAUAAUCCAGAAAUUUCUGAAUUGAAAAAUUAAUAAAUGUUACCUUCAAUGAUAUCGUGAUUUUUUAUUUUUUUUACAUCGUUAACAACUAAGGAUCAUAUACACGAGUAAUAACGACUAU